AUGCUCGUCAACCUGUCCGGGGACGAGGAAGUUCUGAAAGAGCUGGCAGAGGACGAUGCCUUUCUCGAGAUACUGCUGAAAAAAGUGACAAACCCGAAAGAAAAGGCCGCAAGCGAGAUCACCAUGCUUCUAGCCAACCUGGCGAAGUCGGAUAGCAUCAAACGGGUCGUCACGCUGACGAGGGCCAUACCAGAGGGUGUGUCCACCUCCUCAAAGGCUAUGGAUCAACUGAUGGACUGCUUCAUCAAGGGAAGGGACAGAAGGACGGAGAAUGGCGGCAAGCCAGCCAGCAGCGAGGAAGACAAGACAUACGAUUAUCUAUCGUACUUCUUCGCCGACAUCUCUAAAUUCGAAGAGGGACGGGCAUACUUCGUCACGGAGCAGGAAUAUGACUCUGUAAUCCCGAUCACUAAACUCACGGUGUUCACCGAGCAUCGUAGCCAUAUUCGACGGAGAGGUGUAGCGUCGACUAUCAAAAAUGUCGCAUUCGAGGUCUCUUCACAUCCUGCAUUGAUAUCGGAGUCCGAAGUGAAUCUAUUACCAUAUAUCUUGCUCCCCCUCGCAGGACCCGAGGAAUUCGACGACAAGGAAAGCUCCGAGAUGCUUCCUGAUCUCCAGCUUCUUCCACCGGAUAAAGAGCGUGAUCCUGAUCCCGAGAUUCUCACCACGCAUUUAGAGACACUGCUACUUCUCACUUCGACGAGAGAGGGACGAGAUACACUGAGGAACAUCCAGGUCUACCCCCUCGUCCGGGAAUGCCAUAUGCACGUCGACGACGAAGGAGUGCAGGAAGCGUGUGAUCGGCUUGUCCAAGUGAUCAUGCGUGACGAGGAGGGCGAAGGAGAGGGGACUGCUGAAGCUAUAGAGAAGGCUAAGAUGCUCGAGUUGAAGGGCCAGUCUGGAAACGAUGCCGACGAAGAGAAAGUAGUCGAGAUCUUUUGA